ACCCGCCGCGCGCGCGAGGCCGAAAUCGAGCAGAUCAUCGCAGAGGAAAAGAGCAGUCGCAACAAGAUGCCCCGAUACCCCGGCCUCGAACGUUAUACCCUCGUCGAGAAGAUGGGCGAUGGCGCUUUCAGUAACGUCUAUCGUGCCAGGGAUAGCACCGGCGAAUACGGCGACGUGGCCAUCAAAGUCGUUCGGAAGUUUGAAAUGAAUAGUAAUCAGCGUGCCAAUAUCCUGAAAGAGGUCCAGAUUAUGCGACAGUUAGAUCACCCGAAUAUCGUCAAACUGGUCCAGUUCUCCGAGUCGCGCCAAUAUUACUACAUCGUGCUGGAACUCUGCCCUGGUGGCGAAUUGUUCCAUCAGAUUGUGCGAUUGACCUACUUCAGCGAAGACCUCAGUCGCCACGUUAUUCUUCAAGUUGCCAAGGCCAUUGAAUAUCUCCAUGAGACCUCCGGUGUCGUGCAUCGUGACAUAAAACCCGAAAACCUUCUCUUCUACCCCAUCGACUUCAUUCCGAGCAAGGACCCCAAACCUCGUCAGCCUGGAGAUGAGGACAAGGUUGAUGAAGGUGAAUUCAUUCCUGGAAAAGGCGCUGGUGGCAUUGGUGUGAUAAAGAUCGCCGAUUUUGGUCUGUCCAAGGUCAUCUGGGACAGCCAAACUAUGACGCCCUGUGGAACCGUCGGUUACACCGCACCCGAGAUUGUCAAGGAUGAGAGAUACUCGAAGAGUGUUGACAUGUGGGCCCUGGGAUGCGUUCUUUAUACCCUUCUUUGUGGCUUCCCGCCAUUCUAUGAUGAGAGCAUCCAAGUUCUCACUGAGAAGGUCGCGCGUGGCCAAUACACCUUCCUGUCGCCAUGGUGGGACGAUAUCUCCAAGUCGGCGCAGGAUUUGAUCUCCCAUCUGUUGACGGUAGAUCCGGAGAAGCGGUACACCAUCAAGCAAUUUUUGGCGCAUCCCUGGAUUCGUCAGACCGACGAAGCAACCGAAGCAGCUGCAGAUGCUCCGCCUCUGGCAACCCCGCUAUCCACCCGCAAGACACAACAACUGGAUGCUUUCGCAGCGGAUCAAGCACCCUAUGCCCCGGCCAGCGCCCGUCUCAUGGACCCAGCUUCUGCAGGCCUCGAGCGUCCCAUGGACUUCCGCUCCCCUGGGGCGAUCAACCUGCGCGAGGUUUUCGACGUAGGCUAUGCUGUUCACCGGCAGGAAGAGGAAGGCAAGCGGCGCAAGAACUUCCGCCAAGGAUAUCGUGGUGCGAACCCGUCCACGGCAUUCCAGUCGGCGCUUAAUCCAUUGAACGAAGACUACGAUGAGGCCGAAGAGAUCACCUACCAACCCCUCCCUCGGGACGAUUUCCCUCCAGCGAAGAUCCCCAAAGCCUCCCAGCAAGCCGGCGAUGUAGCUGCCAUGGAAGCGAAACUCCGAUCGACGAACCUAGGAGCGCCCAGCCACGCCGCGCAAGCGCGCCAAGCACACCAGCCUCGACAGCAGCAAGGAUAUGGUCAACACAGCGCCAAGGUUGCCGCCGCUGCGAAACAGAGCAUUGCUCGGGGUGCGCGGGAGCCCUUCGAGCUGAGCCUCGACAACGCCACACUAUUAGAGAAGAGAGGUCGACGACAACAGGGCCAGGUUGCUUAA